CAGAAAACAAGGACAGAACAAUGUCCCUUAAAUACUCGUCAAAAAUCAUAAUCGCGUGUUGUAACUAAUGCCUGAGAAAAUAAAAAAGAAAAGUAAAAGAGCGUUGGUUGUUAAAUGGGCAACGUGACAGGAACCGUGGCAUCGAAAUUCGCGUUUUUCCCGCCAGAGCCACCGACAUACAAGGUUUUGAAAGAAGAAGAUGGAAAGACGGGGUUGUCGUUUUUAACCGCAGAAAUGAACGUGGACGUUCACAUUCUGGAAACAAAAAGUGGGAACAAGAUUGUUGCAACUUUAUGGAAACACCCUUUUGCUAGGUUCACCUUUCUUUACUCGCAUGGUAAUGCCGCUGAUUUGGGUCAGAUGGUGGAGCUUUUCAUUGAGCUCAGGGCUCACUUUCGCGUUAAUAUCAUGGGCUAUGACUAUUCAGGUUACGGAGCAUCUACAGGUAAGCCAUCAGAGAUCAACACCUAUUAUGACAUAGAGGUUGUUUAUGAUUGUUUGAAGAAUGAAUAUGGAACUAAGCAAGAAGAAUUAAUUUUGUAUGGUCAAUCCGUUGGUAGUGGGCCCACAAUACACUUGGCUUGUAAGUUACAGAAUUUGAGAGGUGUUGUUAUUCACAGUGGCAUUCUUUCAGGGAUAAGGGUAUUAUGCCCUGUCAAGAUGACAUUUUGGUUUGACAUAUUCAAAAAUAUAGACAAAAUAAAGCAUGUUAAAUGCCCAGUCUUAGUUAUACAUGGAACAAGUGAUGACAUUGUAGAUUGCUCCCAUGGAAAACGAUUGUGGGAACUUUCGCCGGAAAAAUAUGACCCUUUGUGGGUAAAGGGUGGGGGCCAUUGCAACCUUGAAACUUUCCCUGAAUACAUGAAACACUUGCGCAAGUUCCUAAAUGCCAUGGAGAAACUCUCAAUCACAGGACAAACUAACAAACAACUCACUCAAAAUCUUAGUAUUGAAGAGUCGAAACAUAUCAAAUGUUUAAGAUUUGGCAAAAGAUAGUUUAUUUACAACCAUGGUUUGUUUGAUGGUGUGUACCAACAAUACAAGGAAUAUAUUUGUGCUACUUUGAGUUUUGGCGUGCUGAAGCCAAACUAUAUAUUUGAUUAGAACUUUACGAUCUUUGGACUUUGAUCCUCUGCUGCAGUUACAGUUACAUAGAGUAGUAGUUGUGGAGAAAGUUAGGUCUAAGAAGAGAAAUUUUAUCUCUCUAGAUCUAGUAGAUCCUACGAGUGUUGUACUAUGCAGUUGUUGUAGGAAAUCUAAAUGCAUUUUGUGUUUUAUCAAAUUCUGUAGGAAUUCUAAAUGCGUUUUGUGUUUUAUCAAAUUCCUUUGAAGUAGCCAUUUUUUAGUCUCAAUUAGCAUCUUACUUAGUUUACUUGAUGGGGAGGAA